AUGGUGGACCAUACGGACGAACAUCCUAGGCGGAUGUUCUUUGGCUGCAAGGAUUAUAAGCUAGGUUUCCCACAUCUUAUGGAAUGGUGGGACAAGGCUAUGAUGGAGGAGUUUCUACAACUCAUAUCGGCCGUCGAGAACCCAGGUUUUGGCUUUCGCCAACCUGAAACUGAAGAACGUGAAACCUUGCUUCGGACUGAGGCAGAAUUAGCUCAAGUGAAGAAGCAACUUAUUGAGAUUAGGCAUUUUAGAAGAGUUGAGGUGACGACAUCGGUUACCGUAAUUGCCGUGAUCGUCUGUCUUUUUAGCUACGCGAUGUUUGGUUGA